UUUCUGCCCACAGAAAUGCAGUCGAAUACCAUCCCCCUGCUACUUGGCGGCGACCACAUCCUCUGCGCCACGGAAACUGGCAGUGGCAAGACUUCCAGCUACCUACCACCGCUGCUUCAAUGGCUUGGGGGCCGGCCAAGCCUGGACUCCGGCCUUAUCCCUGCUCCCCAAGGCCUGGUCCCUGUGCCUUCCGGAGAAUUAGCCGAACAGGCGCAGGCCGUGGCCCAGCCCUUAGGCAGCUUCUUGGGCCUAGAGGGGCAAGAACUAGGGGGAAGCCAUGGCAUGCAUAGGAUCAGGCUGCAGCUCCAGUCUUCAGCAGAUGUGCUAGUAGCCACUCCCGGGGCUCUGUGGAAGGUCCUGAAAGGUCGACUGAUCAGCCUGGAGCAGCUCUCCUUCUUGGUGUUGGGUGAGGCAGACACGCUGCUGGAUGAAAGCUUCCUGGAACUGGUGGACUACAUCCUGGAGAAGAGCCAUAUAGCAGAAGGCCCAACUGACUUGGAAAACUCCUUCAAUCCCAAAGCUCAGUUAGUGCUGGCGGGAGCCACAUUUCCCAAAGGUGUAGGCGAGUUGCUGAGUAAGGUCGCCAGCCCAGACUCUCUCACCACCAUCACCAGCUCCAAGCUCCACUGUAUCAUGCCUCAUGUCAGACAGACAUUUAUGAGGUUGAAGGCAGCAGAGAAGGUGACUGAGUUGGUGCAGAUCCUCAAGCAUCAUGACAAAGCAGACAGGACUGGACCCUCAGGAACUGUCCUGGUGUUCUGUAGUAGCUCUAGCACUGUGAACUGGCUGGGAUAUAUUCUCAAUGACCACAAAAUCCAACAUUUAAGGCUGCAGGGGCAAAUGCCAGCCUCAAUGAGGGCAGGCAUCUUCCGGUGCUUCCAGAAGGACUCCCAAGACGGACUUCUCUGCACAGACAUAGACUCCUGGGGCCUGGACAGCAUCCAUGUGGAGCUGGUUGUCAAUUAUGAUUUGCCCCUCACCUUGCAAGAUUACAUCCACAGAGCAGGGAGGGUGGGCCGUGUGGGGAGUGAGGUUCCAGGCACUGUCAUCAGCUUUGUAACCCAUCCCUGGGAUGUGAGCCUGGUUCAGAAGAUUGAGCUGGCAGCUCGCCGAAGGAGAAGCCUUCCAGGACUAGUGUCCUCAGUGAGAGAGCUGUUGCCUCAGCAAAGCUGA